UUUGUUACACACACACACACACACACACACACCAACACCAAAGUGAUGCCAACCACUCCAUGACUGGGCGGUAUGUCUGUCGAGGCGGUAUAAUCUAAAACCAACCCGGGAUUUUAUGGAGCAGUGGAUGUGUUGACGGAGAUGCGACGGCGCAUGAAAAAGACACUUCGUCUCCACGGUGGGCUGAACUAUGAUCGGCGAUAAACGAGCAGAGGAACACGGAGAGAGAAAUCUGAGUCACUAUAAUCCAUCUGGACGUCGGGGGAGAAGAUGAGGACCGUGAUGGCUUCGUUGAAAACAGCAUUAUUCGUAUUUCUACACGGGGUGCUCCAGACCACCGUGUGUCGUGACGUAACUCUUCCCCCAGGAAUCCUCUACCGCGUUGCAGGGUUCCCCCUCUCCCUGCCCUGUGCCGUAUCAGGGUACGAAGGCUCACGUACGCAGGAGUUUGAGUGGUUCCUGUACAGAGAUGACGCUGGUGGGAGGCAGAUGGGAGUGGUGUCCACCAGGGACAGUGGCUUCCCUUAUGCCCCGUUUCAGGCCCGGGUGCACAACAGGGAGGUAAGGGUGGAGAGGGACUCAGGGGACAAGGUCCGGCUGGUGAUCCAGAGACUCAGGGCCGAAGACCAGGGGAAGUAUGAGUGCUACACGCCAAGCACGGACAGCACCUACCAGGGUAGCUACAGCGCAACAGUGCCUGUCAAAGUGAUCCCUGACACACUCCAGAUCAGCUAUUCCCGCUCACUCACUGGCCAGCCCGUGCCAGAGGGUGCUGAAUUAACUCUGACAUGCUCAGCCGGCAUCCAGUCGGAGCAGCUCACCCAUCUGUCCAUCACGUUUGGGAAGCGUAGUGGUGGAGAGGGUUUGGAGAGUGGAGCAGGAGGGGACCGCACCGUUAGAGAGAUUAUCUCCAUCGACAAGAUGCUGGGGGUCGUCCCCGGACGUUCGUACAAGAAGCGUUACGACGACGGAGAGAUCACGCUGGAGAAAAGGAACGGGGAGGCUGGACUUGAUGUAUACGUGAUGAAGAUGAGAGGUGUGCAGCCAGAUGACACCGGCUCGUAUUUCUGUGAGGCCUCGCAGUGGAUUCUGGAUCCUGAUCGAUCAUGGCAGAAGAUCGCACAACGGACGCUGGACAUUGGCAACUUGACUGUGCAGCAGCUAGUGGAGUCUAUGAGUGUAACAUCCUCGCCCAGAGGGGAGGUGACCUUGCAGGUCGGUUCCCCUCUCAUCCUGACCUGUGAGGUGUUGGGGCUGCCAUCUGAAGUAAGCUCGGGCCUGCUGGUUAAGUGGAUGAAGAGGGGAUCUGUAAGAAGCGAUGUAGCUGGGACCGGAGGAGUUGAGGUGGAGGUGGCCAGAAUGAGCCCAGAUGGUGUUGUGAGCUGGGGGGACGACCUCAGCCGAGCUAGUGGGGGAUCUAUGGAGAAAGUGGCAGAGGGGAGGUACUCUUUGAAACUAUUCUCAGCCCGCCCCUUAGACUCAGGGGUGUAUCGGUGUAUGGUGAGUGUGUACGCUGGAAGAAGAAACCCUGGACCGUCUACUCCUGCAACACUCACCCAGAGGUCUGAGGGAGUCACCAUAAACCUCAAGACCAAAGAUGUGCUAGUUUCCGCUGUAGCUCAGAUUCCUCGAGGCCCCCUGUUAAAAAGAGGCAGCACCAUCACCCUGAUCUGCAACGCCACCGUGACAACCACAGGUCCCGCCCAGGCACAGGUGCAGUGGCUGCGGUGGCCAAUCCCUGAACCAGUUACUAAGAAGAGACAGAGUCCAGCAUCUGAUAUCACUCUACCAGAGCCCACUGUUGAGGAAAAACCCAGACUGGUAGCUGCCCUCAUGUACGACGGUGUUGCAAAGAUCUACGCCAACGGCAGUGAUGUUAGCGUCGACCGCUUGUCAGCUGUCAGCUACAGACUGAGGGUCCACACAGCAACAAUCGAUGACCAGGGCAUGUAUACGUGUCAUGCCGAGGCGUGGGGGCGGGACCCACAUGGGGGCUGGUACAACACAGGGGCCAAAGCGGAGUCAAAUGCAGUGACUGUGUACCUGUAUGCUAGAGCUGCUGACCUCCUGCUCAUCCCUUUGGUUGUCGGAGUCUCCUCUGCCUUGUUUGUAGGCAUCGUGAUCAUCGCAACAGUAACCUGUUGCUUUAUGAAGCAACUGGCAAGGCAGCGUGCUCAAAAAUAGGAGUCCCCUGUCACCGCCUGUCUGAAUUUUCGCAACGAGGCGCAAAGAGGUGACGCACAGAAUAUAAUGGAUGAAAUGGCCAACAAAUAAAUAAAGGGAAACAUGGCACCCUGUUAGAUGAUUUUCUGUGUUUUGACCUACCUAUUUAACAGUUAAUGCCAAAAGAUUAUAUUUUAUAAUCUCUUGUAUUUUUAUAUUCAAACCUCUGAAAACAACAAUUUUAGUGAUUGCUGCGACAAGUAACCAGUAGGUAGAUUUUUGAAGCCACCAUCCAAUGACCCCUCUCCACUCCUCAAGUUUUUAGUUUCCUUGGAAGUCAAAACCCACAUUUUUAAUGAUCCCUUUGUCCCAGCCAAUCACUCUGUUUCGACUGGAAAAGGGUCAAAAUACACACACGCAAGAUUUUUGUGACAAGGUCAAAAGUAAAGAAAGUACUGUGGUUUGUUUUGUGUCUGUCUAAAGGUCAAGAAAACUGACUACUCAGAAGUCAUCGUUUGAUUGUUACAGUGUGAAGGUACCCUAGAAGGAUCUCAGCCUAUCAGAUGUUUUGUAUGAUGCAAGAUGUAGAUCUUCCUACAUUGAGUAAUGUUACUAUUUUCACACAAAGAAAGAAUAUCCUGUGUUUUCAGAUCCAGUUGUUUUGUUUUUAUUACAACAAUGUCUAAAUGUCUUUGCAUGGUUUAAGCCUCUAGCACUGCCACUGACAGUCACAUGAAUGCUGAUGGGAGCAGUUAAGCCCCCAGAAACCGCCUGCAGCCCCCCCCCCCCCCCCCCCCCCCCCCCCCCCCCCCACACACACACACACACACAUGUAAAAAGUGUCUGUCUUUUACUUAAUAAGGAAGGCGCUGGCUGCGGACAUUCUGAUGCCAAGACCAAUUGAGUACCAAUUCUAAACACAAGCAUUCAUUGUCUGUGACGCUUCAAUGCUGUAGUGAGUUUUCUAUAUGGACUUGAAUAGAUUUGACAGAAAGAAAUGGAAGACAAAUCCAUUAUGCACUGAGCUAAAAUAUGUGAAUACUGUAUGGAGUUUAGCUGUUUUAUUUUUCUUAAUGUAAGUAAGACUAUGCUGUAGCGCCAUGUUAACAUUUGGCAAAGUGUGGUUAACAUUCUGCAGCAGUUUGUUCUGCUCUUUUUGAAGCACUCUGGGGGAAAAAUGGGACUGGGACCAAAGCUCCUUGGUACCCUUCUUUUACUUGAUCUUCUUCCAGCUGAAAAGCCACUUCUUUGCUGUACUUGAGCGAGUACUUUUUUCCCCCUUCCUGGCAAUUAAUUGUUCCUUUGCUCUUGUCAAGUGACUGAGAUAGACAAAUAGUACUGUGAAAAAGGCUCCGGUUUGUUACACUGAAUACCAGAAAAAGUGUUGCAUCAUGUUGUUUAGGAUACUUCUCCCCGAGGUGAAAAUUUCUUAAGCAGUGCAGUCAUAUGACCUUUAGUGAAGUCUCACUAUUGUCCUCAUCAUAGUUAUCAUGUGGUUCAGGCCACACAUUUCUGCUGCCACGAGCUAUUAUGACUAUAGCCCCCUCUGCUCGCCCACAGAAAUCUGUUGGACAGAUUUACUGUGUCGCCGCACUAAUGAGUGAAAUCCAUCCUCCUCUUCCUGUUGAAAAUAACACUUGUGAAAAUGUUGGUCAUGCGACUGUGCCUGCUUGUUGUGAUUGUUUAAAGUUAGAUACGUGUUUGUGGAAAGGAGGAGGAAAGUAACAUUUGUUGUGAUCCAACCCGUGGCUCUCGCAUGAGAUUAUUUCAGGUCAUUUUUCCUGCUUUUCCACAUUUGUUUGAGCUGAGCUAUACUUUACUGUUUCAGUCUGAGUUUACUGUCGGUCUAUCUGUCUCUACCUCCUGGUUGUUUUUCAAUGUGAGAGUCCCUCUAAAUCUGCCUGUCCUUCCUAACCUGUGCUCUCUAAACCCCCCGAUUAUAAAUGUUGUUCACGAACAUUAGGGAAUAAAAUCACAGCUCUGCUUGCUUCCUGAGCCACUUUGUUCCAGAUCAACUACUCAAAGCUGAUUUGUUCCCCCACAUGUCCACCCACCACAUGAUCACCCCCACACACACACAAAUGCACGUGCAUAGCAUAGCAUAGCAUAGCAGCAGCAGCACAAUGCUGGCUGGCUGGCAUUUCAGAUGGAAGUAAGCGAGUAUCUGCGUGUUCAUCCCUAAUCCCUGUUUAUGGAUGCAGUGUGUGUCCCACUGCCCUUCCCCCAUCUCUCAGUGUGUUACAGUCGAUGUGGCCCGUAUACGAUUCAUUUCAAACUCUGUUCCCAGAGAAUUACAGCCAGCCGUAAAAAGUUUAGCACAUUACUUGCAAAGUUUGAAGGCUGCUGUUUAAGUUGUUCUUUGGCUUGAAGAUGUAUUAAACCCUUUUCAUGAAGAUGUUAUGUUCUGUUUGAAUUGUUUACUCAUGCUUUAAUACCACUGUUCCUGAAUGCAUCUUGCUGCCAUUCAAAUAUAUAAAGGCGGGUUAUUGCUCAGUUUGUUUAUUAUGGUGCUUUGGCAAUCCUGCCAGUUGAUAAACCAAUAAACCACUCUGGAUUUAUAAUGUCA